UAUCUGACACAGAUCUAAUAUCAGCCGCUGUUGAAACAACAGAUUACUCCGUCUACGUAUACAUGCAUCACACCAUAGGUGAAUUCCGGGUCAGGAUACGACGCAAAUGAAGCUGUUGAUCGGGCAAGCACUAUAGCACAACACGACUGCAUGGAGGGUUGCUCAUGACUUCAGUAACAGGAGGACUGAAAAAGUGUAAUAUAAGUCUGUCAAAAAUGCCGAAGGAGGAGGAACAAAAGCCGCUCCUUGGGGCCCCAAGCACUAAACCCAGAUCGUUCCUGAAUGCUAUGGUUCUCUGCGGGUUGAUGAUGGUGUUAUACAUCUCUGGCUUCAUCUCACUGGUCCCGCUCCUCAGCCAGUUUGUAAGGAACAGAGUUGCUGAGCGUUACUCCAACAACAGCAACGGCAGUGUCAGCACCGGGGACGUCUGCAAACGAAAUAACAGUGACGACAACAUAAAACUUGGAAUCAUAAUCCAACAAGACUCAUCAGAACUCUUGCUUAUUACUACUCUACCCGGCUCGAUUAUCGCCAUCCUUGUCAACCUCGUCCUUGGAUCUUACUCGGAUUUCCUCGGAAGAAGGUUCCUUUUCUUUGUACCUACUUUAGGAGCUGCCCUGAAAGUAACGCUUCUGUGUUUUAUUAUAGGCUUCCACAUGUCCCUUAAUUGGCUCUACCUGGCAUACAUUUUGGAAGGUUUUACUGGAGGGUUUACAGCCUUCCUGUUAGCCGUGUUUUCUUACACUGCCGAUGUCACAACGCCAGGGAAAAAGCGUACUGUCAUGAUAGCUCUCAUGGAGGGUAUCUUAGCUGUUGCCGGAGCAGUUGGACAAGUGGCAGUGGGAUUUAUUAUUGAGGAUGUCAACUACCUGUACGCUGCGAUAAUGAUCGCUGCCAUCUUUGGUCUGGCACUGAUCGUUAUAAUAACACUCCUACCUGAAACCAUGACCAAUAAGAUGGAGAAACGGUGGUCUCCACUGCCACACAUCAAGAAGGUUUUUGGAUUCUUCUUCACACGAGGCUCAGGUAAACAGCGAGCCAUGUAUAUUCUAGCAAUGCUUAUAUUCUAUUUUGGAGUAAUUGUCAACCUAGGUCGGACUUCAGUAGAAACUCUCUAUCAAUUAGACAAACCAUUUUGUUGGAGCCCUCUGAAAAUCGGUUUCUAUGGUGCUAUCAGACUGUCCUUCACUGUCGCAUGCAGUGUAGUUGGAUUGAAGCUUCUGCAGCCUUGCUUCCGAGACAUGACAAUUGCAUUAAUAGGACUGGCUUUCGGCGCAGCAUCCUUCGUGAUGGAAGGACUGGCCGUCAACGAUUGGAUGCUGUAUUCAGUGCCAGCAAUCGGUUUCAUAGCAUUCAAUGUUGUUCCUGUUGCCAGGGCAACCAUGUCCAAAAUGACCUCGCCACUAGAACAAGGUGCCUUAUUCUCCAGUAUUGCUGCCAUGGAAACCAUCUGCAACACGAUGUCCAACACUCUCUACAACACCGUGUAUCAGAGCACUGUAGGGGUAUUCAGGGGGGCCGUGUUCAUAAUGAUGGCUGGGUUUGGUGUCCUUACCUCCUGCUUCAUUGUCAUCUUCCUCUGCAUCUCUCGUAACAGCGGGGACCUCGUCUACGAGGUAACGAUUCCUCCAACCAAAAACGACGUGACUGUGAACAAGGAGGAGACAGCAUCGUCCCCACACACGUGCACAGACACGACAAACAACGAAUGAUACUCAAACACAUACACGUGCUCAACACUAUCAGUGCGCACAUUGAAGUUAGUGAAGAUGUCCUUUACACCCAACUGGUUUCUUGGUCAUAAACCUGGACAGUUCUACGAUCUGAAAUGACGCAUCUCUUAGAUCAUUCUGAACACAUGCAGCGUGAAAACAGAAACAAUCAGUAUUGGCGCCAUUAGAAUGUGUUCUGGACAUUUUGUUGCAACGGGUUGUUUUCCCUGGUAACAUUCCUGUGUAGGCGCCGAGGUUGAACGACUUUAUUUAGAAUACCUGGGAGUAAGCGUUGGUUCUCUGUUAUGCAUUAUUUUGUAAAGAGCAUCAUGUUCGUAGCCCAUGUGUUUUAAACAUGGAGUCAACGCUCUCGACUAACUCCUCGAUGGUUGAAAUGUAUAUCCCCCUUUAGGGGGUCGCUAAAUUUACAGAAAUUCUUUUUCCACCAAUUGAGCUGAGUGACAAAAAUCACUUCAACCGUUACAUGACGGAAGACACCAAGACUGAGCAUCACAUUGUACCUACUUUGAGAUUCGAACCCGUGGCUUCAGUCGCGACUGAUUAUGUUUCAGGGCUACAUAUUAAACAGCAGGCAACGAUUUCCAUCAGACAUUGAUGUAUUUCUUUGUUUAUUGCUUAACGACACAGUCAGCAAUAGCUAUAUGUAAAUAAUCGAGUCUGAACCAGACAAUCCAGUGAUUGAUAUUGCGAGCGACGAUCCACGCCGUCAGGAUACGUUGACACGCCAUCGACCAAGAUACCGAGCCUGACCUCCCGAUCCAUUAAGUGUCCCCCCCACGACCAUCAAAGGUUGUAACCCAGAAUCCACAGGGGUCACAAUGCAUUGAAAUAUGCAAUCCCUGUCUGUUUUAUUUGACUACGAUGUUGUUUCUUAAAAUGUGAAAUGAGCAGUACGUCUCCAGUGAUUAGUUUGGAUGGAAGUUUCUAUAAUUUAAACAGAUAUGGUGAGGCAUCGUGGAGUUCAUUACCAACGCAGUGAAGAAACAAGGGUUUAGAUGAUAAAUCUGUACGCCAUCCUCCGUACUGCGUUUUAGCUGUUUUGAUUAGAUAAUCGCGACCCCAAAGAUAUUGCGCCCGACAAACUUUGCUUUAAUCCUACUAAAUCAUAAAACUAGACAAAGCCGGAUAACGACUUUCGGUUAAAUGUAGGGUUGCUAAUUUGAAUGACGAUGUGAAGCCAGUUCAGAUAUAUUUACGAUAUUGCCUUUCCUGUAUUGUUGUGUCAUUUGUUUUGUUCUUGCAAUCGCACGACACUGUUUCCUAAAGCGUUCAUGAAUGACACUGUAGCUGAAGAAAUGCUGGGGAAAAAAUAUAUAUAUAUAUAUCUGACUGCCAGCGAUGCACGUUUCGACAUAGCUUCAUUCACUUAUAUGAUUUCAGUUAUAUGUGGUCCUUUAUUGUUAUUUAUAUAGACAUGGAACGUGAGUAUUAUAUAAAAUGCCAGACGCGUUCUCGUUAGAUGCCAGUUUGAUGAAGUUCACUAGUUCCACACAAUGGAGACCUUCUGUAACAAUCUCAAUGUAUGAUGUAUCUUUAUGUUGUUUUCGGUGUCACCUGUUAGGCGUUUUCCCUUGCAAACUUUCUUAUCAUUUGUCACGUACAAUACCCAUAUUUGUAUAGUAUGCAUUCUUCAAUAAAUUAUACCUCUUA